AUGCGAGUCCGCCCCGUUGCCCUUCAUGCUGUUGUCCGCCCGCGAUUGACCCCGGGCCACGCACCGCGUCCGCGAUUCCUCUUGACGCUUGCCAUAGAGAGCUCCUGCGAUGACUCGGCCGCGUGCCUCCUCGAGACGGGACGAUGCCCGGAGACGGGAAAGACGGCUGCGAAGCUGCUCUUCCACAAGAAGGUCACGGCGAAUAACACUGCAUUCAAUGGCGUGCAUCCGUUGAUAUCCCUCGAAUCGCAUCAGGAAAAUUUGGCCAUGCUCGUAGAGGAAGCGAUACAACACUUGCCUGAUAGAAAAACUACACAUGGAGCGCCACUUCACGAUGGUGCCGGUCCUACUAUGCAUGCACCAGAGGAGCUGGCAGGGUCAUUCCCCGGGAAGAAGCUUCCCGACUUCAUCGCGGUAACACGAGGGCCUGGGAUGCGUUCAAACCUCUCCACUGGCCUCGAUACGGCGAAAGGCCUCGCAGUAGCAUGGCAGAAACCGCUCGUCGGCGUGCACCACAUGCAAGCGCAUGCCCUAACGCCCCGUUUAGUAGCAGCCCUGCGAACAUUCGAAGACGCGUCGCGUAACAAACACACGUUACUUGAAGACGGUACGAAUAUCACAGUCCAACCAGACUUCCCUUUCCUGUCUGUUCUGGCCUCAGGCGGCCAUACCCUUCUCAUCCGCUCCGCGUCCUUGACAACACACGAAGUCAUGGCUGGCACAAAUGACAUUGCGAUUGGCGAAUGCCUGGAUAAGAUUGCACGCGUGGUCCUCCCUUCGGACGUCUUGCAGAACGCACGCAAUACAAUGUACGGAGCUCUUCUCGAAGACUUCGCUUUUCCCCAGGCAAAAAUGCCCGCAGCUGGAUCUUCGUCACCAAAUAACGACCCAGGCUUCAUCCCACAAAAGUUAAAUAUAUGUUCCGAACCGGAACCCCAAUCGGCGUUUCCUCUCGAGAAUAGCACAGCUGCGCAAUAUCGCAGCAAGUAUGGCGUAAAAUAUGCAUACGAAGUCCCCAGGAAUCACGAAGAAGCUCUGAAGCGCAAUGUGUCUAAAUGGGGUUGGGGGUUCAACCAGCCGCUUGCUAAAGCAGCCGGUGGUUUAAAGAGCAAGGGCAUGGAGAUGAGUUUUUCUGGGUUAAUGACUGCCGUCGAGCGUGUCGUUCGUUAUCAGUUGGACCCGUCGACGAGCAAGCUGACCAAAACCGAACGGUUGGCCGAAGAUAUCAGCACGGAAGAACGUAUGGACAUAGCUCGUUAUGCAAUGCGUGCAGCAUUCGAACAUCUCGCUGGCCGCGUCUUGUUAGGGCUGCAGCAAACUUCUGCAUCGACUGUUGUGAUGGCCGGGGGUGUUGCAGCAAACUCGUAUCUCAGGUACAUACUCGCGAGUACGCUGUGCGCUCAUGGAUAUGACAAUGUGAACAUUGUGUUCCCUCCACCUAGCCUCUGUUGCGACAAUGCCGCCAUGGUUGCUUGGGCUGGGAUCGAGAUGUUUAGAGUUGGUCACAGAGAUCGGCUCAGUAUUCGAGCCGUGCGGAAGUGGCCAAUCGAUCAAUUGCUGUCUCCGCCAAUCGAACGCAUAACUCAAUCACUGACUCCCAAGUAG